AUGGUAACGCUAGGAUUGUCUCUUCCGUUGUCUUUAACGAGGAAAUGGCUCUACAUCAUUACGUAUUUGUUCUCGGUAUUUUGCAUUCUAUUACCAAUAUCAAUUGCUGCCUUCGCAUACUUUUACUCAAUUCUCAUACCUGAUGCUGUUAUAAAGGUACCAUUAAUAUUUACACCGAAAGAUGCGUUAUCCAAGACCAUAUCCAUGCCAAUUGCCUGGGAUAAUUCCCUAAUUGAUGAUAUGGUGAUAUACGAUGCAAUUGUUGACUUAGCAAUCAUAUGCGAAAGAGCAAAGCAAAGUGACAGUUUUAAUGUUGAUUACGAGAUUUCGAAGCUUAGUAUCACAGGCUCAACAUUUUUGAUAUGUGAUCCAAGAGUCACUCACAGUAUUUCAAACUCAUUUGUGCCUUUCAAAUUGAGACCCUGGGUUCCACCUUUUCUCGUCAAUUGGAAUACGAGAGGUCACAUUAAGUUUAAAAUAGUAAACUUGAAUAAAAAGGGUUUGAAUGAUCUAGUAAAUAGCAUCAUUACCUUAUGGGGAUAUUAUAUUGUUGAUAAUGAUGCAUCUCUAUUGACUUUAAGUGUCCAAUGGCAAGGCUUCAGGUUUUAUCUUGUGCGUUAUCAUAAAACAUCAUUUGUGUUUGGUGUUGGGUUGUUUUGGAUCGUUAGCUCUAUAAUGUGCCUAAUAACGGCCAUGUAUAUAUGGUCAAUUGAUACAAAAGUGAAAGAAGAAAAUAUUCAAAAAGGUGUGAAAGUAGAAUAG